AUGCAUACAUUUCUAAAUCGAUUGAAUACUCUAUUUGCUUUUACACUGACUGUUCUUGCUGUGCUUACAGUUGGUGUAUUUCUUUCAACUUAUUUUGAACAAUAUCAUGGAACUCUUAAAAUUCAUGUAAAUAAGCCUAUUGUAAAACAUAUGACUGAUUUUUCAGCAAAUCGAAAAAAACAAGAUUUAGGUAUAUUACAACUUGAUUUAGAUAUGAAUCUUAAUUCAUUAUUUGAUUGGAAUGUGAAAGAAUUAUUUCUUUAUUUAAUUGCAGAAUAUAUUACACCAACUAAUAAUCUUAAUCAAGUUGUUAUAUGGGAUAAAAUAAUUCAACGUGGUGAUAAUGCACGUAUUAAUUUGCGUGAUAUUGCAACAAAAUAUUAUUUUUGGGACGACGGAGAACAUCUACGAUCGAAUAAUGUAACAUUAACACUUGGUUAUAAUAUAAUACCAAAUGCUGGUGGUUUACCUCAUAUUCGAGCAAAUGGAUCUACAUCUUUUAUUUUUCCUGAUCAAUAUACAACGAGUCGUUUAGGAAAUUCGAAAAUGUCUGGCCAAGAAUAG